AUGCGAGUGUACGUAUGUAAUGAAAAAGAUGCUUCACAAAGGAGUUGCAAUGUUACUUCCAUAUCAAUAUUAGUUGAAAAAAUAUUAGUUGAUAAAUUUAAGGACAAAUCUCGCAUUGCGAAAUUUAUUGAUUUUGAGGUUCUUGAUACUGAUCCAAAGGAACUAAUAUACUAUAUAUCUUGUGUUGCUGAAUAUGGCUUUGAUCACAUAAUUAUUGUUGAAGAGACAGAUUAUGGAAUGAUAUUUUUAGAUUGCUAUGGCCGGGUUUUUCAGUUGGAUGAUGAGAGUCAAUUUUUGUGGCCACUUGGGGAUUCUCCCGAAGAAGCGCAAAAAUAUUCAACUGAUAGAGAUGUAUAUCCUGAAGUGAAAUGGAUGUAG